AUGGAAGAACUCAGAGUACAACGGGGUUGGAGAGCUCUUGUCGUCGUCGUCGUCGCCGCCGCCGUCGUCGUCGGACUUCCCGCCACCGCGCCUGCCACCGACACCAUAAGCAUCUUGGUCGUCACGACCAUUGUGGUCACCGUUAUAAUCGCGAAACCUAGGCAACGACAGCGGCGUUACCAGUCCGACGCGAAGCAACAACGGCCCAAGACACUGCCCUCUGCGAUGCUGCUGGUAGUCAGAACUGGCUAUCUGAGCGCAGAAAGGGCUGCUUCAUCAACGGAUACAGCCGAGAAGAGAGAACACUCGGUAGUGUUCGGUGGCCACCGUGUCUGGAAACUGUUUGAGGGCAUUGCCGCAGAAGCACAUCAGUGCUUCCCCACUCGGAAGCCUUACGAGCUUCGCGAAGAUGUUGGUUCUCUUUGAUGAGGAAGUAUGUCAUGGACCGCAAGACGAACAUUUCAUGCCUUUCUCAUAAAUGCCUGCCAGUCUGGGGUCGUGUAUUAUAAAGAAAACGCAAGAAAUGCUUGCUUUCCGGAGUCGAAAAUAGGCAGAUCGACCCUAUAUAUGAGCACUUAGGAUAUCCGGAGGUGGGUACUCCAAGUAGUUAUUGCAGUGUAAGAAGCACAGCUAAAAAAGACGAUGGAGACUGCAACAGACCCCUGGCUUGUUUGCGUCACAAGUCAAGGCAAAUUCGGACGUCCGGAUGCCGUCCUCAAAAUGACAUAGAUCGAUGUGCCAGUGUUUCUCCAAAACUUAGGUUUCGGGCUGAGAUCAUUGUAAAGACUGAAGACUUCAAGGUAAAAGCCGUGGUAUGUGGCAUAGCGCUUCUCGAUAUCAAAACCGCACGCAUACCAGCACUUCUCUGAAAACGCAGUCUUCGAUGGCGGGGACGAAAGAGCAGGGGUUUCCGUUUCUGAUUUGUUUAUAGUCAUAAGUCGGCUCGGGUUGUACGUCUAAGACUCGAACCUCGAGUUCUCGAAAAACACCCAUAUCACUGCGAUGCGGCCUCGUGUCAAAUCAAAUUUGAUCAGGACUGUGUAGUCCUAUAGCCAUGAUAAAUCAGCGCAUGCCAGCCCCAUGUGACAUGCUAGGCGUUUAAGUCAGUGUGUUGCGAGACUCAGUGCGUAGACUAAAACGACAACGACAUUUUUUACUGAACCGCAGCACGCUCUUUCUUUUGCAUGCUCGCAUGCCUUCAGAAUCUACAAAGUCUGUGUUUUUUGGCCCCAACAUUUGAGUGUCCCGACAAGCCCCGUUGCAGGAUUUUUGGAAGGUGUGAUGGACGACAAGACAGAGGUUCCCAAACCAGAAGUCAGGAGAGACGGAUUGGGUCGGACAAAUUUAGCUGUUGAGUGUGUACACAAGGGCUCUGAAAGCAGUCGCUACGAGCGCGCUCUCCAGGCAAGUUGUGGUCUGUGUCCACCGUUGAGGCGCGUGUGUGCGUCGUUCGCUGUUUCGACGUCCGCCAGCCAAUCAGAGAAGGGACAGCGUUGAUUGGCCUCGAGUGCUCGCGAGGUUAGUGGUAAGCCUUGCGCGUCACAGCAGCGAACCGACAGGGGGUGUGGGGCGGACAGGAGGGCAUCGUGACAAAGCAACGGAGAACAAGGAGGCGCGGACUGCCACAGGCUCACACCACGCCAAUGGGGAUCCGAACCGCCCACCUUUUUCUUCCAAAAAAUCCAGGUCAGUGUAUGCUGUGGACCAGGGGCUGUGGUGCUACGUCUUGGUACAGGUUUUCACUGUGGCAACCGGUUUUCUUGAUUCUGUUAUGGCAUCAAAUUUAUGUUCGGGGGAGGAGGAGGGUGGUAGAUGCUGCGCAAGUUUGCUCUCACUAUAAACUAACUCAAGCACAAGCCAUCGACCCUGGAUCCCCCUGCCGUGGAGUACACGGUGGACAUCGUCGGUCACAACGUUUUGGCAACUUCUGGGUCCUACUGUUCUGUGAUGUAACGUGUCCUACAAUCUUUCUAGUGAAUUGUAGGACUUGUCGCCUGUACAUAUCAGAACAUGCAAAAGUUCACCCCCUGGGAGGCCGUUCUGCCAAUCAUGUCGUUUCGAGCAUUCCCCAGGGGUAUCGUUUUCCAAAGGCAAAAGUACGAUUAGUCCCAUAGCACUUUUCACACUGGUUGCCUACGGGGAGGGGAGAUGAAGGGGGAGAGAAGAGGAGGGGAGAGGGGGGUCAGGGGAGGAGAAAGGAGAAGAAGAAAAAGAAGAAGAAGAAGAAGAAGAAGAAGAAGAAGAAAAAGAAGGAGAAAAAGAGGAGCCUUAUUUUGGGGCAGUCGAAAAUGUUCUCACAAAUAAUAGUGAAAGACAAGAGGGCACCAACAAAACCAUCAGCUCGAGUGUUGUAGAAUAUGUUGGCAAGGUGAGCGUCAGAUGUAAAAGACAAAUCUACUGGUCUUGACAAAAAGACACAUGGUACGAUUUGGCUCGUAGACACUGGAAGAUAAAGUGGCGUUACGCUUUCAGCAAGACGAGGCUUCAUAUGGGGAGGCACGUCAAAGGGAGAUAGAAGCAGCCCAGAAGCCGACUGAGUUGGCCGAUGAGGCUACCUUUUAGCUACCCAACUGUCCACACAGAAAGUUACGGGUUGCGUUGAGUCAAAAAUGUGAUCGAUAGUGGCUCAUGGCCUGGGUUUGUCGAGCUGUCUUUAGUCUGUUAUGCUGGUGUUGGUGGCGGUGAUAAGGAUGAUGAUGACGACGACGACAACAACAACGACGUUUUUGUUGUUGAUGAUGUUGGUGCUGAUGAUGAUGAUGAUGGUGAUGAUGGUGGUGGUGGUGGUGGUGGUGGUGGUGGUGGUGGUGGUGGUGGUGGUGGAGGGCGGGGGUGAUAACAGUCUCUGUCUCUGAUGAUGGAUUCAAGUGAGAAUCCGAAACGUCAGGCGAAUAAAGACCUUGUUCCAGCGAUCGCUUCUUCUUCUUCUUCUUCUUCUUCUUCUUCUUCUUCUUCUUCUUCUUCUUCUUCUUCUGAUCAAACAAAUCUGUUGAAAAGAAACACUUGGAGGCAUUAUAUUUAACCCUCGUUUGCGCAAAUCCGUCUGCCGCAAAUUUUCGAAGCGCUUAUAAGACACAGUGAUCAUUGCCAAAUGAAGGAGCUCUAAUGUGGACAUGAAAAAUGCUGAAAUAAUUGACCAAAACACAAAUAAGAUGAGCAUUGAAGCGCGCAUGCAGGAAAACGAUGUCGACGAAGUCCACAGGACUAAGAAGGGGCACUUUUAUGCGAGGGAAAUCGCCAAAUAGAGGACACAAUUUGCACAAUGCAGUGCAACCAACCACAUUCUUUUUAGCUCUCCCCGCUUUCCGUAAAACUAUUCUCGGACGUUGUGGUUGAACAAGAGGUAAAAAUUCAGACCGCGAGUGCCUUGUUUCUAUCAAGGGCGUACAGGUAAUGUCAGUGGACGUUAGAGGCAAAUAAUAAAAAUGAUUCCCGAUGCACCCGACUCCACACAAGACUAUUCCCCCAUAUGGACAAUUCAGCCGUGCUUUUGUUCCGUGUAGAGGCUAAAAGCGCCCUUUUCGUCAUCGUUUGAAUUGUCUUCUGGUCUUGAAAUCGCCCUCAUUUUUAAAAACAUUUAUUUCACCUGGAGGCUUCAAGUCUGCCCAUCUCAAAACCCUAGAGGUAGGUUACGGUGUCAUUCAAUCCACACCGUCCCUUUUGAAUUUCCCCCGAUAACCUUACUUACCCAAUUGAUUGAACUAUUCGUCCUUUAUUCUAGUGGGAUUCUCACCAGUCCUAAAGGACAAUUUUGAAUAUGACCCAGCGUGGCGAUCAGAUAAUGGUCUUCUCCUGAAUAUCUCGAAAACAGCUCGAAUUGCGUUUGGAUGAAGACGAUUUUCGGAUAAAGUGGCAUUAAAUAUUUGCCUUAACGAAGUCUCAUCCUUCCCCAAGUUUAGCAUUCUUUCCUGUCUCUUUUGAAUACUGUCUACUUCAUCCCCUUCAGAUUACAUACUCCGUUUGCGUCGCCGAUUCACUGCUAAACCUUAAAUCCGGCGAACUUUAGAUACGGCUAUCCUCCUCCUUCACUUCCUUCUCCUCCCCUUCUCCUCCUCCUCCUCCUCCUCCUCCUCCUCCUCCUCCUCACUUCUCCAUCUCAUCCUUUAUUGUUCUGCUAUCCAUUUUCUGGCUCAUUAA